AUGCUGCUCACCUUGAAACCUCCGGUCCCGGCUCAUAUGGCGCAGAAUGGGAUCAAAGGUUCCUCCCACGAAUACUCCAUUAUCCGCCAAUCCAUCCCCUCGUUUCGCGACUCGUCCGUCCCGUUUCGUCAGGCCUCAGUUCCUUCUUCCCCGAAUACACAUACAUCCACCACUACGAACACGGCCCCUUCCUCUACCACCAUGGACUCGUCUUCGCGCAGAAGUCUACCUCCACCGCCUUCUAGAACCUUACCACCCCCGCAGCUGACAGCUGCACACACGCCACCACAGCUCCCUCCUCCCCCACCGUCGUCGCAAUGGCACUCCGCAGACAAAGAUCCAUCGAUGCAAUUAUGGCUGCAAGCAAGAGCGGAGGAAGAUCGAAGGAAACAGGAGGAGGAAAAGGCGCGACAGGAGACGCUGAGGUUGGAACAGCGCGUGGUUGAGCAUAGUAUGCUGCGUGAUGCUUUGCAGGCUGGAGUACCACCGCACAUGGUUCCGUUGAUUUUUGCUGGAAUUAGUGGAGGUGGGCUUCCGCAGGCUGCAAUUGAUUUAGCGCAGCAGUAUGUGUCGCAUCCGGUGGCACAGGCACAGGGUCAGGGACCGGGGCCAGCGGUGGUCUCGAUGCCUCCUCCGCCUGCUCCUUCUGCACCCCCGCCUCCGCAGCACCAUCAGCAACACCACCCACAUCACAAUUACCACCAAUCUCCAGGGCCUGAUAUGCCGACAUCCACGCUUCCUCAACCUUCACCGUUUUCGCACCGACACUCGCAUUCAGGGUCGAUAGACUUGCGUCGGCAUUCUCAUCCCGUUCCUCCAAACACACUAUACAAUCCACAACCGCCAGUUCCGUCUCCUGGAGAGAUUUUACCAUCACAACAACCUAGCAUAUCCAGAGGUUCUUCGCCUGUUAGGCAGUCUCUCGGGCAAUCUUCGUUCCCUUCCAGUGGUCCUCCUUCGUCUUCAGCCUUGCCCCAACCUCCAAUCCCUCCUAGCAACAGUACACAACAGUAUGCACAAGCACCACCCGCCUCGACACCUCAAUCCACCGCGAACAAGGAAUAUCAGUAUCGACCACGUCAAUCGACCUCUAUCUAUUUCCAUCAUUGGGUCCCGCCAGGGCAACAGCCGCCGUCUGGAAAGUCGCAAGAGCACACGCCGGGUGGAAAAGCACCCCAGGAAUCUUCUGGAGGAAAGCCGUCGGAUAGGGAAAAAGAGCCCACGCCGGCACCAUCACGCACACACUCACGGAGCGUCUCAGAGGACCACAGCUCUCCAAGUCGGAAACGGAAGGCCCAAGGCACGCACCAGCCGGCACCGGUCCCUUCAUCUCGCUCCAGACAGAGUUCAAUCGUGCGUGAUAGCGUACAAUGGGACUAA